AUGACCACAGAAUGCCGAAGGCACCUCACGGUGCAGCAGGUGCUGUACUCGAAGUAUAUGGCUCCAGCAGAAGAACGCCUGCAGCUGCUGGAGAAUGACUCUCAGGCACAAGAGGACCCCGGCAAGGAGAGUGGUGAGGAAAGCACCACCUCGGACACGGAGUCAACCUGCCUUUCACGCAAGCGCUUGCGAAUGCUAAAGGGCUGUUUCGUUGACCUUGCAGCUUCCAUUGUUUUUUGGUGGGCCAUUUCAUCCGAUGUUUCGGAUGCAGUUUUCUACGGAUUUCUAGCCGGCAUUGUUGGGGCAAGGGACCCCAGAGUUCGCACAUGUGCUGCUGCAGCUGGGGCCAGACUUACCUUACACUUGCGCCCACCUGUGCGGCACUUAGUGCAGAAAAAGCUUGGACUUCCAAAUCUCUUCUUUCCGCUUGCAAUGCUGGAAACUUCGGGCAGCCUUUUCAACCUGAUCCAAUGGAUUUCUAAUGCUCUUACUGUAAUUUUUGAUGCCAUUCUUUGCAUUUGA